GGACAGGUUGUUUUCUAUCUUUAAAAAGAACCAACGAAAUACAUACAUACUCCUGUGUUAGCAAUUAGUAUAAACUAUCACCAGCUAAAAUGCACUACCACUUCUACGUUGUUGUUGUUUAUCAUCAUUCACCCCCAAGAAUCACUUUCUCAUAAAAAUUCCAUAAUCAUUAUUCUCUUCCACCUAAAAUCCAUCAUCAAUGGCGGAUCCUCCAAGAUCCGAAAUCUUUCCUUCUUCCCGGCUCGAUAACGACGCGGGAGCUCUCUUCGUCCUCCAAUCAAAAGGGGAGUGGUGGCACGCCGGAUUUCAUCUAACGACGGCGAUCGUAGGGCCGACGAUCUUGACGUUACCGUACGCGUUCAGGGGGUUGGGCUGGUGGUUAGGGUUUGUGUGCCUGACGACGAUGGGUCUCGUCACUUUCUAUGCUUACUACCUCAUGUCCAAGGUUCUUGAUCACUGUGAAAAAUCCGGCCGCCGUCAUAUCCGAUUCCGGGAACUCGCCGCCGACGUUCUCGGAUCAGGAUGGAUGUUUUAUGUGGUGAUCUUCAUUCAAACAGCUAUCAACACUGGAAUCGGAAUUGGCGCCAUUCUACUCGCAGGCCAAUGCCUUGAAAUAAUGUACUCGAGCCUUUUCCCACAAGGAACCUUGAAGCUCUACGAGUUCAUUGCUAUGGUGACAGCCGUGAUGGUUGUUCUGUCACAGCUCCCAAGUUUUCACUCUCUUAGACACAUUAAUUGUGUUUCUCUUCUUCUCAGCUUAGGCUACACCUUCCUCGUUGUUGCCGCUUGUAUCAACCUAGGCUUGUCUAAACACGCUCCUAAACGUGAGUAUUCACUAGAGCCUUCGGACUCAGGGAGAGUUUUUAGUGCCUUCACAUCCAUUUCGAUCAUUGCUGCUAUUUUCGGAAAUGGAAUUUUGUCUGAAAUACAGGCAACUCUUGCCCCACCAGCUACAGGGAAGAUGUUGAAAGGACUAUUGUUGUGUUAUAGUGUGAUCUUCUUCACGUUUUACUCGGCUGCAAUUUCUGGUUAUUGGGUAUUUGGUAAUAGUUCGAGCUCUAAUAUUCUCAAGAACCUAAUGCCUGACCAAGGACCGACUCUGGCUCCUAUUGUCGUCAUUGGCCUAGCGGUCAUCUUUGUUCUUCUUCAGCUCUUCGCCAUUGGCCUUGUGUAUUCUCAAGUUGCGUAUGAGAUAAUGGAGAAGAAAUCGGCGGAUACAACAAAAGGGAUGUUCUCGAGACGCAACCUGGUGCCGCGUUUGAUUCUAAGAACGCUAUAUAUGGCGUUUUGUGGAUUCAUGGCAGCGAUGCUGCCUUUCUUUGGGGAUAUAAACGCGGUGGUAGGUGCGAUUGGGUUUAUCCCACUCGAUUUCGUGCUGCCAAUGCUUCUGUACAACAUGACAUACAAGCCUACGAAAAAGAGCUUCACGUAUUGGAUAAACAUGACGAUAAUGGUUGUGUUCACUUGUGCGGGACUCAUGGGAGCUUUCUCAUCUGUUAGGAAACUUGUUCUUGAUGCUAAUAAGUUCAAGUUGUUUAGUAGUGAUGUUGUUGAUUAGAUGCUUUAUCAUAGAGUAUAUUGAUGAUACAUAGACACACUUUUUGUGUACAUGUUUUUUUGGGUUAAUGUCCUUAAAGAGUUUUUUCCAGGUUGA